AUGAUUUCUUACAACUUGCCGGAUUUAUCAACAGAUUCUUUUGAUGUAUCAAACAAAACCAAUGAUACUCUCAUAGAAAUUGUUGAUAAAAAAUCCGACAAGGUUGAGGUUUUUCUAGCUGUUUCUAAAGUUCUUUGCAACAAAUGUGAGUAUUUUAGGAUAGCUUUAUCGGAUAAAUGGGCAAAAAAGGACGAUAAUUAUAAACUAAAAUUAGAAGUGUCUUGCGAUGCUUUUAAAGUAAUAUUUGAUGGAAUUUGUAAUGGAUCGAUUAUUUUAAACAAUCUAGACUUAGCAUUUACUAUAGAUUUAUUAUUUGUUUCCGAUCUUCUUCUCCUUCACGACUUUCUCGAUUUUUUAAAAGUUAAAUUGUUAGAAGAAAAUAAAGAGAAUUGGCGUGAUAAUGAAAUCAUUUAUGCAUUAAAGGCUUCUCAGCAACAUCCAUCCCUCCAUGAACUUUACUUAGUUUGCCAAGAUAUGGUGGCAGAAAAUCCAAUGAUCUUAUUUGAUUCACCAGAAUUUUCUUCGAUUGAUGAGGAAAUAUUACUUAAUAUAUUAAAAUUGGAUAUGAUUUGUAAGGAUGAAAUAGUAGUAUUUGAUAAAUUAAUUGAGUGGGGAAUCGCAAAUACGCCAAAAUAUUCUACUAUAACUAAUGAAACAUCUAAACUAAGUGCAUUAGGUACCACUAUUGAAGAAGGAUUACAAUUAAUUCGAUACAAUUACAUACAUCGUAACUUUAAUGAAUUUGAUCAAAUCAUACCAAAAAACUUUUUAUAUUCAUCUCGCUCUAGGGUUAUGGUUGAUCCAAAGGUUGUUAGUAAUAGAUUUGCUGGAAUAAUUGCUGCAUGGAUUGAUAGAAAGGAUCCUACAGAAGCUCAAUACACUGCUGUUAACAAUCCAUUCAGAUUUAGGCAUGUUUUUCGUAUGAAUGAUAAUACCUAUUUUUCGUCCAGACAUUACAGAUUUCAUCAAUUUUCUAACAAGUUACCAACAAUUAAAUGUCAUGAAGGACCUUCAUUAAUGAUAAUUAAACUUAAAAAUUCGGGAAAAAUUAUUGGUGCUUACAAUCCUAUUCAAUGGAAAAAAGGAAAUUAUAGCUAUCGUUCUACAUCAGAGAGCUUUAUUUUCUCCUGUGAUGAUAGAUUUGGUUCAAAUUAUCAAUUAUGUAGAGUUAUUGAUUAUAAUCGUGCUGUAUGUUUAUUAGGUGAUCUAUUAAAAUUUGGGGAUGAUUUAAAGUUUACUUAUGAUGAAGGAAACGUUAAAUGUAAGAUUGGACAUGAAUUUUAUGAACAAAUUUCUUUGGCUGAAGGUAUUUACGAAGUUGAUGAAUGGAAUGUUUAUAAAGUUAGAAGAAAAGACGAUCUACCAAUGCGUGUAAUGAUAAAUUGGGAUCUUGAAUCAAAAAUUAUUAAUAGUGACUUUUUCGGCAUUAUCUCAACUUGGAUUGAUAAAAAAGAUGAUCCUUACCUUAAAUCUAACAUGCCAUACCAAUUUACUCCUAUAUUUCGCAUGAAAGAUAAUUCAGCUUUCUUUCCAAAACAAUAUUAUAAUCAAUUAACGGAGAGAGUAUUACCAACAAUGAAAUGUCAUCAUGGACCUUCGUUGAUGUUAAUGAGAUUAAGAUUCUCUGGAAAGAUAAUUGGUGCUUAUAAUCCCCUCGAUUGGCAACCUGGAGAAUAUCGCACUUAUCCAACUGAUGUUGAAUAUAGAAGUACAAAAGAAAGUUUUAUUUUUUCUUAUGAACUUAAUGAAAAUAACGAACCAAAUUAUCGAUUAUGUCGUGUUGUUAAUUUUGAUCGAGCAAUCGGCUCUGAGAAAUUGACAACCAAUAGAAAAGACAUAAAUAGUUUAAUUUUAAGAUUUGGUGAUGAUUUAGUACUUUCACAUCAAGGAGGAAUACGUCAAAAUAUUCAUUCUGGUAUCUUUUGUCGUAUAAUGGCAAAUGGAUGCUAUGAACAACCGCCCACAAUGCCUGACGGAAAUUAUGAAGUUGACCAAUGGGAGAUUUUUAGAGUUUCUAUAAAAGUUCCAGAAAUUUAA